AUGGAUGCGAAGCCACAGCGUAUCCGCGUCCGUGGGGACGAAAAUGUGCCGCCCUCUUUCCAUGCCAACAAGGCCGUCCACCAACGAAACAAGUCAACUCCAGCGCUUAGCCUGAUGGCUCAGAACGCGAAGAAUGGCAGCGUUAACACUCGCCGCACGUUUGGCGGGGACUUGAGCAAUGCCAAACUGAUCGCUGAUGACUCGGCAUUGCCUGGCAAGCCUGCUAUGCAUGUGACCGACAAGAAACCCGCCCUUGCCCAGCCUGCCCAGCGCCCUGUAUCGAUGUCAGGCGUGAAGGGCCUCCUGAACAAUGUCGCAUCCAAGCCGGUCAACCCUGCCGGCAAAGCUAAUACCACUGCCCCCACGAACAAUAUCAAGCGGACCAACGUGGUCUUCCGCGAUCAGCUGGAGCCCGUUGUCGAAAAGGAACCAUCCAAGGAAGUAAUCACCACCCAGCCCGCUCGCCACACCGAACGGCCCCAUGGCAAACAAACUGCACCGAGCCAUGUCGAGAAGGACGACGAAGACGAGGAACAAGAGUACUUUGACAUUCCGUCUGAGGAUUCCGCCUCUGAGCCACAAACCAGUGAAGUCAACCGCCCAGAGCGUGAGAUGCUCCCAACGAAGGCAGAGAUCGUCAAGGCUGCCCCUGCCGCGGCUAAUAUGGGAAAGCCCCGCGCACGUUCUGAGCGUCCCCGUCGCAACUCAUACGAUGAUAGCUCUGAUUACCCAGCUGGGUCAGAGGUUGAGUAUUCGGAGGACGAAGAGACCCGUGUCUACCGCUUCCGUGGUGAGACUACCACCGGUAGCACGACCACGAUGAUCUAUCCCCGGGCCACCGCCGCGAUGGAGCGUGAGAUCAUGCAGGCCCAGUCCAUUGUCGAAGCCAAUCAGACCGAAGAAGAAAUCGAGGAGGAUUUCUACGACCCUAGCAUGGUCGCUGAAUACAGCACCGAGAUCUUCGAGUAUUUGCGGGAGAAAGAGCUUGCCAUGUUGCCCACGGCGGACUACAUGGCCAACCAGGCCGAGAUCCAGUGGUCUAUGCGGUCGGUCCUCAUGGACUGGAUGGUGCAGGUGCAUUUCCGCUUUGCUCUGCUCCCGGAGACCUUGUUUCUCUGUGUCAACCUUAUCGAUCGGUUCCUCUCGCACAAGAUCGUCUCACUCGGAAAACUGCAGUUGGUCGGUGCUACUGCUAUUUACAUUGCCGCCAAGUAUGAAGAGAUAGAGGCUCCCUCCGUCGCGGAGAUCUACUACAUGGUCGAUGGAGGCUAUACUGUGGACGAGAUCUUGAAGGCGGAACGAUUCAUGCUGAACAUUCUCAACUAUGACCUCGGCUGGCCGGGUCCUCUGAGUUUCCUCCGACGCAUUAGCAAGGCCGACGAUUAUGAUCUGGAGACCCGUACUGUCGCCAAGUACUUCCUGGAGCUGACCAUCAUGGAUGAACGCUUCGUUGCCACUCCUCCUAGCUUCAGUAGUGCGGGAGCCCACUGUCUCGCUCUCCUGAUGCUACGCAAAGGAUGCUGGACCAUGGCCCACGCAUACUACAGUGGCUACCUAUACACCCAGCUCGUCCCCGUCAUGUCAACGAUGCUGGAAUGCUGCGAGGACCCGCAGCGUCACCACAUGGCGAUCUACGAGAAGUACUCUGAUCGCCGCUUCAAGAGUGCCUCUACCUUCGUAGAGAAGGAGAUCAAGGGUGGUUUCCAGUUGCCGCGUCCCACUCCUUUCCACGACACUGACCGUCUGGAUGGGGUGGCCAACUACUAA